AUGAAGAAGCUCCAGGGAGCUCACCUCCGCAAGCCUGUCACUCCAGACCUGCUGAUGACCCCAAGCGACCAGGGCGAUGUAGACCUGGACGUGGACUUUGCUGCAGACCGGGGGAACUGGACAGGCAAGCUGGACUUCCUGCUGUCCUGCAUUGGCUACUGUGUCGGCCUGGGGAACGUCUGGCGUUUUCCCUAUCGAGCCUAUACCAAUGGAGGAGGCGCCUUCCUUGUGCCCUACUUCCUCAUGCUGGCCAUCUGCGGCAUCCCCCUCUUCUUCCUCGAGCUCUCUCUGGGCCAGUUCUCCAGUCUGGGACCCCUGGCCGUCUGGAAAAUCAGCCCGCUCUUCAAAGGUGCCGGUGCGGCCAUGCUGCUCAUCGUGGGCCUGGUGGCCGUCUACUACAACAUGAUUAUCGCCUACGUGCUCUUCUACCUCCUGGCCUCCCUCACCAGCACCCUGCCCUGGGAACACUGUGGCAACUGGUGGAACACGGACCUCUGCCUCGAGCACAGAGGCUCCACGGACGGCAAUGGGGCUCUGCCCCUCAACCUCACCAGCACUGUCAGCCCCAGCGAGGAGUACUGGAGCCGCUACGUCCUCCACAUCCAAGGAAGCCAGGGCAUCGGAAGUCCCGGGCACAUCCGCUGGAACCUCUGCCUUUGCCUGCUGCUCGCCUGGGUCAUCGUGUUCCUCUGUAUCCUCAAGGGUGUGAAGUCCUCGGGCAAGGUGGUGUAUUUCACGGCCACGUUCCCCUACCUCAUUCUGCUCAUGCUGCUGGUCCGCGGAGUCACCCUCCCUGGGGCCUGGAAGGGCAUCCAGUUCUAUCUCACCCCUCAAUUCCACCACCUGUUGUCUUCCAAGGUGUGGAUCGAAGCUGCUCUUCAGAUCUUCUACUCCUUGGGUGUGGGCUUCGGGGGGCUCCUCACCUUUGCCUCCUACAACACAUUUCACCAGAAUAUCUAUAGAGACACCUUCAUUGUCACCCUGGGCAACGCCAUCACCAGCAUCUUGGCUGGCUUUGCAAUCUUCUCCGUGCUGGGCUACAUGUCUCAGGAGCUGGGUGUACCUGUGGACCAAGUAGCCAAAGCAGGCCCUGGCCUGGCCUUUGUCGUCUACCCACAGGCCAUGACCAUGCUGCCUCUGUCACCCUUCUGGUCCUUCCUGUUCUUCUUCAUGCUGCUGACUCUCGGCUUGGACAGCCAGUUUGCCUUCUUGGAGACCAUUGUGACAGCUGUUACGGACGAGUUCCCGUACUACCUUCGGCCCAAGAAGGCUGUGUUCUCGGGGCUCAUCUGCGUGGCCAUGUACCUGAUGGGGCUGGUCCUCACCACAGAUGGGGGCAUGUAUUGGCUGGUCCUUCUGGACGACUACAGCGCCAGCUUCGGGCUGAUGGUGGUGGUGAUCACCACGUGCCUCGCUGUCACCCGGGUGUAUGGCAUCCAGAGGUUCUGCCGGGACAUCCACAUGAUGCUGGGCUUCAAGCCGGGCUUCUACUUCAGGGCCUGCUGGCUGUUCCUGUCCCCAGCCACGCUCCUGGCCCUGCUGGUGUAUAGCAUCGUCAAGUACCAGCCCUCAGUGUAUGGCAGCUACCGCUUCCCAGCCUGGGCGGAGCUGCUGGGCAUCCUGAUGGGCCUGCUGUCCUGCCUCAUGAUCCCAGCUGGCAUGCUGGUGGCCGUGCUUCGAGAGGAGGGCUCGCUCUGGGAGCGGCUUCAGCAGGCGAGCCGGCCGACCAUGGAUUGGGGCCCAUCACUGGAGGAGAACCGGACAGGCAUGUACGUGGCUACGCUGGCUGGGAGCCAGUCACCCAAGCCCUUGAUGGUGCACAUGCGCAAGUACGGGGGCAUCACCAGCUUCGAGAACACGGCUAUCGAAGUAGACCGUGAGAUUGCAGAGGAGGAGGAAUCCAUGAUGUGA